UUCAUGCAGUCAGUUGGUUCGUGCUGGCUGUUUUACGCACGUUUGUUUACAAUCAUCAAUCGACUUUGUUCGAAUCGUGGCGGAUGGUGAUGGGUGAGCUGAAGAGUUUUGAAGAAAAGUUAUGAAUAAAAAUCAAUUGAUUAAUGAAUUGCAGUAUAAACUGCAAGAUUCAAUCAAAGUUAUAAGUAACUACAGCUGGUUGAUUGAUGCAUACGUUUUGGACUUCUACGUGGCCAAUCACUGGGACCGAUUGCCCAACAGUUGGAAGCUGUGUUUCGAUGGCGUGGACAUCCGGAAGUUAAAAGCGUUGUUAUCGGACGAAACCACCGGUAAAGAAGCGGAAACCCACCUGUGGCCAUUGUCCGUUCUGGCUUUGCGAGUGCUGUUUCGGAAGUAUUGCCUGGCAAGGCAGCUUCCCAAUGAACCAGCUAACUUGGGAACAAAGUUGGAACAGGAACGAUCCCAUUUUCAAGCUCAGCAGAAGCUAUUCGAUAAGUCGGUGAAGCUGAAAAAACGGCACGAGAUUGAGAAAUUUUGCGAACAAUGCUGGAGAACCGGCCGGAAGACUGAUGUGCAAUAUUUGGUCGAUAUUGGUUCGGGACAGGGUAACCUGGCGCGAACACUGUGUUAUGGAUUUGGAUUUAGGGUUUGCUGUAUCGAACAGGACGAAAAGUUGGUGGAAUCGGCCAGACUGAAGGAUGAAGAGCUAUCAUCUCGAUUGAAGCGAAAAUUGAAAGUCGAAACGAUGCAUCAUCCUGUCCACCUAAACAGAAAAGUAAAUCUGGAACAAAUCGACCCAGGUCAGUUCGUUGAAAUACUUCGGGACGCCUUCAACGUUGAGAAAGAUGCCCCGCUUCAGUUCGGACUUGUUGGGUUGCAUCCUUGCGGAGAUCUAGCAGUCUCCCUGAUGAAGCUCUUCCUGUCCUGCCCAGAAGCGAAGUUUAUCAAACUGGUUUGCUGUUGUUACAUGAAACUGACUACAGCUAAGGACAAGUGUUCGAACUAUGGAUUCCCACUGAGCGCAUUUUGUAAGCAACGUGAGCUGCAUUUGAGCUACGAAGCCAGAGAAAUAGCUUGCCACGCUAUCGAACAAUAUUACAGCAAACUGGGAAGCGACUACCAAGAGCUAAAAGUUCACGCCUUCCGAGCGGCGGUGGAAAAAAUUAUCGUCCAGCUUUACCCACACCUGAAACAUUCCGGAGUGAGGAGUACGAAGGUAACCAAUCUGUCUUUUCAACAGUACUGUGAAAAAGCGACAAGUGGGAUGGGACUGGAUCUGCCGGUGACGGCAAUGGAAUCGCCAGAAAUCGAAAGUGAUCUGCGCCACUGGGAACGGGUUGUUAAAUUCUACACAUUGCGGCUGAUGUUUGCUCCGCUGGUAGAAUCGAUUGUGCUGUACGAUCGGUGGCUAUAUCUGCUGGAACAAGGUAUCCACAGCCAGAUAGAUGUGAUAUUUGAUCCAGUUUGCUCGCCACGUAAUCAUGCACUGACUGGAGAGAAAUAGCAAAUGUUCUAUUACCAAACAAUA